GGAUGUAAACAUAUCAGUUUAUAACAUACUCGUAUAUAUUGAAUUACAGAAAAGACGUUACAAUUACCAGCUUGUUCUAUAUUAAAUGUUACAAUCCAAAGAAAUUUGAUAACAAAGUAAAAAAAUUACCAGCUUGCUGAAUAUCUGAUAAUUUAAAACGUUGAAAAGGAAUACUCACUGCCUUCAUGGUUAUGUUUUUAUUAAAAAAUAAAUAAAUCGUUUCUACCCUAAUUUUUACAGAACUGCUUUUAAAAUUGAAACAUGUUAAAAUAAAAUUCGCUAAAACAUCAUAUGAACAUAUGUCUCUUGAAAUAGCUGUAUGAUACGCGCUCACAUGUUAUAUAUAUAUCCAUUAAACUCCUCUCAACUCAGCUAUAUUUUCAACAGUACACCAUAAAAAGUGAAGCGGCUAUUGUGGAUAAGCUUGUUUACGCAAGUUGUUCGGUGCAUUGUGUGUAUACAGCACAGAAGGAAGUGAUUCAUAUUGAAUGUAGUAGGGAAGUCCCCGGGUUUACCUGACCUGACAUGCAAAGAUGCACAGAAUGGUUUUGUUUCACGAAUAUGUGCUUAAAGGAUUAUUAAUCGUUUUGAUACAAGAAUUUAUCGCAUCUAAAAGUAGCAAGGUUAACAGUAAUGUGGAAUGGAACAUAGAUCAAUAUCCAAACAUCACAGAAACUGAUCAUCUGACAUUAACGUGUAAAAAAAGUUACCAGCUCCUUGACAUCGCAGUAGUUGCAGGGACUGAAAUCUUAGAUGAAGAAGAUGAAGACUUUAAGACUGUAAAAGUGUUUGGAUACACCCCGUCGCUUGUAAUAAACACGAACAUGUGCUACUGGAACCGAGCUUGCAUUAUCUCAUUUCCUCGAGAUGCAAUGUUCUCUUGUGUUUCCGUAAUAAACUCGACAGACAAGGGUGCUUUGAUAAGACCAAAUGAAGAGUUUAGCCAAGCCUCUUGUUUUUUACAGAACGUGGAAUUUCUACGACCAGUGCAUGCAAAAUGUGUGGCAGACAAGCUUGUGAGGAACAUUUUUGACCGACACUCACAAGUGUUAUCCCCGACAAAGCUUCCACGACGAAAAGGUCUCCUUAAAAGUCACAUGUCGUAUCCAUGGAAUUACUUAGAGUGUUACCGAAAUCACACAUACCGGCAUAGAUUUAAAUUGAGGAAAGAAAGACAUGUGUUACUCUUUGGAUUGAAAUUUGUACACGUUUGUGACGGUGAUAGACUUGUUUUGAAAACAAAGAAAGGGGACACAAACCUUGCCUUUCUGGAAGAGAACACACAUUUGAAUUUUACGAAAAAAACGCACAGAUAUGUUGAACUAGAAUUCAAGAUAUCACCAUAUAGCGACGGUUGUGGAGGAUUUUUAAUUUGUUAUAACGUGGUAAAAAAGAAACAUUUGCACACGUAUGGUGAGGGCAAGAAAAACGUCUGUGACGAUUUAAUGAAGAAAAUUCCAAAACUGGAUCGAGAAUUUCUCACUUCUAAAGCCUCUGGCCUUCGCUGAUUAUAUUUUAGUGAUCACUUGUUAUAUAUAUUAUCAACGAUAUAGUUCACGUGUUUUCAUAUGAUGACGAAUGAAGCGUCUUCAUUGGAUGACAAAUAAAGCUGAACACUAAGGUGAUUUAGUAUUUCAACUUUUAAUGACCCCCACCACGAAAUAAAAAAAAGACUGAUCUUUCGAUUACAGCACUAGGGAAAUAAGAUUGUGAAGAUUAACUUGAUAUUUUUGUUAUUAAGAUGGCUUCCCUGUAGUUUUGCAGAGUAUAUAUCAACUUUUUUAAUAGUUAUGGAUAUAUUGCAAUAAAUCCUUUAAUUAGAUAUUUAUUUUCAAAUGUACAUAGUUUGGUAUAUGAAAUUAUUUUGUGUUUUGUUUUGUUAGAUGCAUGUAUUGAGCACAUGAGCUAAUGACAAUUUUGAUUUUUUUUGUACUUCACAAUAUAUUUUGCAUUGCAGUAAUAUUUAUAAACAAGAUCAACUUAUUUAGCAUUCAAAACAUAUAUUCCGGUGUACGAGACAUACAGAUAACUAUUGACUUGAAAAAUGCAAAAAGAGGCUACGUGGAGUAGAAUAUGGAAUUUGAUAUGGACUUUUUCUACUCAGUGAAAUAAAAACAAGGCUUAAGUCAUUAGAUUCAAUCAGAGUGAAAUAAAAUAUAACAAUUAAGGCUUAAGUCAUUAGAUGGAAUCAAAGUGGAAUAAAAAAAACAACAUGACUAAUGUCGUUAGAUUGAAUCAGAGUGAAAUAAAAAACAAGGCUUAAUUAGAUUGAAUCAAAGUGAAAAAAUAAGGCUUAAUUAGAAUAAAUCAAAAUGAAAAAAAAAAUCAAGGCUAAUGCCAUUAGAUUGAAUCAGAGUGAAAUUAAAAACAAGAUUGAAUACAAACCUUAUUCAUAUUUGAACAUCACGUGGUGAAAAUGCUGAAAAAUCAUUGGUUACAUUUUUCAAAUCACCAAUCAUGCAUGUCUAUGCUUACUUUACUUAUUUGUUGAGAGUUUUGAUACUGUUGAUUAUCACUACUUGUAUGUAUAUAUGCAAUGUAAAUUGCUGGUUUACGUUUAUUUAUCUUAUAUUUAAAGUUGAUCUAUAUGUAAUACCCUAAUUAUCUUAAAUAUAUGUAUAUGAUAAGGUAA